AUGAUUAGAAAUUUAAUAAAAAAAGCUGAUUUGCUUGUUGAUCCUUAUGAAUUUAAUAUUUCGCAAAAAGAGAAAUCUUUAACUCCAAUAGGUUUAUAAUUAUUUGAGUUUUAGGUGGAUUUAUAAGUAUUCUCUUAUUAGUUUUUACUUCUUUUUAUAUUGUUGGAGUAUUUCAAAGAAGUAUUUAAAAUGAAAAUACUAUUUAUGCUGGUACUUAAAGUGAUAAAAACACUGAAUUUGUAUUGAGUAAUGAAAACACCAUAUUUUCAAUUGAAUUGUCAACCCUUAAUGGAAAAUUCUUGAGCAAUAAUACAAAUGUCUAAGAGUAUUAACUUGAACAUCAAUUUAGUUAUUUUACAUUAACUGCAUAGUAUAUUCAAUAAUAAAGAGUCGAAGGAAAAAUAGGAUUUACAAGAAAUUACAGUUCAUUAAAUUAAUCUAAAUGUUCUUUAGAAAAAAUUGAAUAAUUCAAUUUUAAUUCUGCAUCAAUGACUUAAGAAUAAAAAGAAAAUUUAAUUUGUUUUAAUGGUAAUUUCACAUUAUAAGGACAAUUCUAUGAACCAUAUUUUGCUUAUAUUAAAUUAACUGUCAGUGUUUGCAAUAAUUCUACAAGCAAAACAUGUAAAUCAUCAAAGGAAAUUGAAGAUUUUAUUAAUAAAGGGUAAUUAUAACAACUAUUAAAAGUGUUAAUGUGGAUAUGUUUAUCAAAGGAUCAAAAAUUAAAUAAUCAUUAAAUUAUUCAAGUCCUGCUGAUAUUUUUUCAAAUAAUGUAUUUUGGAGAUUAACUACUGGUAUUGGUGAUAAUGAAGAUAUUUAUAUGUAACCAUUAUAAAUGGAUUUAAGUAAAAUACAUUUAAAUUGAUUAGAAAAAAUCUAAUUUUUUAGCGAUAUAUUUAAUAUUGAAGAUACUAAAAGAUUAUACAAUGGUUCAGUUGUUUAAAGAUAAGAGAGAAGACAAGAACCUAUAUCAAUCUCUUCAGGAGUUGGAUUAUGUACAUUUUAUUUAAGGUAUUUUCUUAUUGAAAUUUAGAGCUUCAUCUGAUACUUCAUUUUAUUUUGUAAUACAAUAAGAUUUACCUUCAAUUAUAUUAUCAGCAGUUUCUGAGGCUACCGCUUUGUGUUUAGCUGUUAUGCAAAUUAUCAAAAUAUUUUAUAAAGUUUAUAACUAGCAUAAAACUUUUGAAAUAUUAAUGAAUUCUGUUUUUAAAUUUGACUUAAAAAGUGUUCAAUAAAGAAAAUUAUCAUAGGUUAAUUAAUCAUAAACUCCUGGAAAGAUUUAGUCUUCAGCGAAAAAUUCAAAAAUAUUGUUACAAUAAGUAUUUUUGCAUAUUUAUAAAGAUCUUUGAUUAUACAAUAAAUUACUCAUUUUAUUAAUAUGUACUUUACAUUCUAAGAAAAUACUUUAAAAGUUGUAAAAAAAUGGAAGAUGAAAAAGAAUUAGUAAUAUCAUAAAUAGCUAAAUCUAAAAUUGAAUUCGAUUUAGAUUUAACUAAUAUUCUAAAAAAAUUAUAUGAAAUUGAUUGUUUAAAAUUGUUUUUAUUUGAUGAUGAUCAACUUAUGCUUUUUAAUUCAUUUUGUUCACCUGUUUUUCAGGAUUAAAUGACUAACCAAAAAGAACUAUUUGAUAUUUUAACUGCAAGUAAUAAAUAGACUAAAUCAAUAAAUUAGCUUCAAUAAUAAUCAAAUAAUUAAACCAAUUUAGAAAAUAAUUAAAAUAUAAUAUAAUAUGCCGCAACUUCAACAAGUAUUUUGAAUAAAUAAUUAUUUUAGUACCAAUCAAUAUUAGAUUAGCAAAAUUGACAAGAUUUUUUAAAGCAUAACUUGGUGCAGAAAAUGCAUAAGAUUUAGUUGACAAUUUUUAAAAAAUAACAGAAAAUAAGAAUAAAAAUAGUUAAUUAAAUGAUUAAUUAAUAGAAUUUGCUAAGUAGAACAAAAGUUUAUUUAAUCUUGUCUAAUAAAAUUAUACAACAAUUUUAUAAUAGUAAAAUGAAGAUGAUUAAAAAUACUUUUAAGAUUAAAUUAUAUUAGAUGUGCCUAAUGAAUUAGAUGAAGGUAGAAAACCAUCUGAGGCAGUUGGUAGUAAAGAAUCAGGUUAAAGUUAAAAAGAUCUAGAGAUAAAUUAAUCUCCAGAUUUAUUGUAAUAUAGACUUUAAUAAGUUUGAUUGGC